AUGGCCGACAAGCAGCAGGCUUCAACGACAGAUUAUUCCUCCUGGAGCAACUCCCGCCUCAUCGCGCACGUCACCGAGCUCGAAGCCCGGCUCAAAGCUUCCAACGAGCGCUUCUCCUCCAACGGUGUCUCCCACGCAUGCACCACCACCACCAUUGCAUCCGGCAUUCCAACUGCCCCGGACGCACCGCGCGCUUGCCGAAAGCCCAAGAAACCCCCCACCCCCUUCGACCCAAGCAGAUACACCACCCGCCUCAUCGCUCUCAAGUUCGCGUACCUAGGCGGCCGCUACAACGGCUACGAGCAUCACGCGAAUAACACCACGCCGCUGCCGACGGUAGAGGAGGAACUAUCUCGGGCGCUGCGGAAGACAAGGCUAAUCUUCCCGCGGGACAAGGACGGCGGAUUCGUGGUGGAUGGCAAUGGGGAGGGAUCCGAGGGGGGCGAGGUGAACUGGGAGGGGUGCGAGUACUCGAAGUGCGGAAGGACGGAUCGGGGGGUUAGUGCUUUUGGACAGGUUGUUGGGAUCAGAGUGAGGAGUAAUCGGCCGCUCCGUAGCGAGAGGGACAACAGCAGAGAAAGCCCCAUGGCUGGAAUAGCGGACGCUGAGGCCGCAGCAGCAGCAGCCGAAUCGGGCAUCGAGGAGUCACAAGAAGAUGCUGAAAAGAUAGAAGCGUCAUUCGACCCCAUCAACGACGAGCUCCCCUACCCAAGCCUUCUGAACCGCGUCCUCCCACCCGACAUCAGAGUCCUAGCCUGGUGUCCCAACCCACCGCCCGCUUUUUCCGCCCGCUUCAACUGCAAAGAGCGACGAUACAAAUACUUCUUCACCAACCCUGCUUUCCUGCCCACAAGCGACGCCUCAGCUACCAACGGUGCCCAUAUCCGCGAGGGCUACCUCGACAUCGAGCGCAUGCGCGCCGCAGCCAAGUUACUCGAGAGCCUGCACGAUUUCCGGAACCUGUGCAAAGUCGACCCCGCGAAGCAGCUCACGAACUUUCAGCGGCGCAUUUUCCACGCCGACAUCGAGGAGAUCAGCACGCCGCCUCCUUCCUUCCUCGCAGAUGCUCCUGGCAGCGCUCUCGCCCCGGUACCGCCUUUGUCGUCAUCAGCAGCCCAGCCAAAACUCUUCGCCUUCAUCCUCCACGGCUCCGCCUUCCUCUGGCACCAAGUCCGCCACAUCGUCGCCGUCCUCUUCCUCAUCGGUCAGGGGCAUGAGCCCGUCACUCUAAUCUCCGAGCUCCUAGACAUCGACAACAAUCCCCGGAAGCCCAAGUACGAAAUGGCAGCCGCCUCGCCGCUCGUGCUAUGGGAUUGCAUCUUCCCCGAACCCUUUGUUGAUGAGAGAGGCGCGACUGCGGAAGGGCAGGAGGCGCGGAGCACGGAGAGCAGACCUGAUGCGCUGGAGUGGAUCUAUGUGGGUGCGGGCGGUGGGGGUGUUGAGGCGGGGAGGUCGGAGGCGGGGAGGUCGAAGGCGGAGGGGAAGAAGGCGCUUAUGGAGGAUUUGUGGGAGGGGUGGAGGAGGAGGAAGAUGGAUGAGGUACUGGCCGGUAGUCUGUUGGAUGUUGCUGCGGGGCAGGGGCUCCGGCAAGAUGGGGCCAGUGGCAGUGAGGUGUACAGUCGGGGAAGGAGUACGAGAGUCUUCGACGGCGGUGAUACGGCUAGGCUUGCCGGGAACUAUAUCUCGGUUAUGCAGAAAGAAAAGAUGGAGAGCGUGGAAGUCAUCAAUGCGAAGUAUGCUGCGAAGAAGGGGCUGGAUCAGCGAAUUCUGCAGGCGCGGCGGGCAACUGAAGACGAUGGCGAUAAGUGA